AUGUCUACAUUCGAUUGCCCUUCAAUCGCGGCGACUUUGUCGACCCAGGAACACGCCAGCGAGUUCGACGUCACGGUCGAGUUCCUCCUUCAGAUGGCCAGCUAUCUGACUGAGCGUCAUACAUCCCAGCUCAGAGCGCACAUGCUGAAGGCGGCAGCAGCAAGGGGGUCCAACGCUCCAUCGCCGGUGCCUGGUGCCGAGCCUCAGGGGAAUUCGCAGUUCGGCGUGAACCCCGCGAGGCGCGCCAGUCUGGGGACCGGUCGCGCUCCGUCGGCCCUCUCCAACCGAAAGGAGACCGCCACCCCUCUGGGGAGGAGGGGGGAGGAACCAAGCGGGGGAGCGGCCGGGCCCGUUCCGACGGCCAAGAAUGCCUAUCCCAUCCGACCCGGAAGCGCUCUCAACUCCCCCGCCCACACGGCCGCUCCGUACGCGGCCCUACAGGACCAACCCGGCAGCAGGCCAGGGACUGCCACCCGGCCAAACGACCCCACGAGACGCCGCUUCCCACACCUACCAACUCCCUCCAUCGACCAACGCGCCCAACAGCCGCAGCCGCAGCGACUCCAGCAGCCGGACCGCGCCGAGAUGGCGCCGCCCAGCCCAGCAGCCUCCUCUUGCUCGUCCUCCUCCUCCUCGUCCUCCUGCUCCUCCUCCUCCUCAGACAGCCACGUCGAGAGCCGCAUCGUCCGCCGCCCCCCACGCUUUCAGAAGCCUCCAAAGGGCUCCCGGGGCGGUGGCAAUGGCCCCUUCGUCGGCGGCGGCGGCGGCAACGACGAUGACGACGACGACGACGACGAGCCGGCCUUCGCCCCAUUCACGCAGCAAGGCGCGGCCAGCAGCAGCGGCCAGGACCUGGGCGCCACCCUGCGCGGGAACAACAUGGACCUGCGCGACCUCGCGGGCCGGGGCCGGCCGGUGUUGGCGGCGUCAACAAUAUCAUCAUCAUCAUCGGCGGCGGCGGCGGCGGCGGCGGCAGUCGUGGCCGUGGCCGACGACACCAGCCAGUCGCACUCGCAGACCUCGCUGGACUCGUCCAUCGGCUCGUCGUCGGCGCCCGCCGUCCUCCCGCGCAGACCGGCCACGACCGGCCCGGGCGACGGGCGCCGCGUGCUUCCUACGACGACGACGACGGGGGCAGGGGGUCCCUUGUCCCCAAGGCGGCCGACCGAGCUUGCGGGGGCGAGGGGCGCUCGCGCAAAGGGGACCUCGAGGGAGGGCAGCGACGGGACGCCCAGUAUGGGGAGCAGCUUUAGCGACUUGGAUGACGCCUCGGUCACGCAGUCGGCGCUCGAGGAAGCGCUCGCCAGCCGCAUGCAGGACGGCACGAUCGGCAGCCGUAUGAGCGUCAUCGGAGGCACCAUCGGGCAGGCCUUCAGGAGCCGGUACUUGCCCAAGCCGAACCGGCAGUGA